UUUCCUCAGUGAUUACGUACAGAGCGAGUCCCUGCGGGUUAGGGGCCCCCUCUGGAGCCGUCCUGAUGGCUUUGGGGGCCUUGCUUCCAUUUUCCAUUAUUAUGUGGACUACCGGAGCGACAGCGCAGUCCAAGACCUUGCAGGUUUGUGAUGAGGAGGGAGCUCACAUCUUCUCUCUGCUUCUUUUUUUUACCAAUUUAGACGUAGACUUAGAUCAUAUUCAGAUCCAAAUCCUGUGCUCGCUAACGGGAAUGAGAAAAGGGAGACAGUCUGAUUUACUUUAGUAUGUAGUAAAAAGUAUUUUUUCCUCCAAUUUUUAAAAGUUUUGUUGCAAUUUUUUUUUUUUCAUUUUCACAGCAGGCGAUUGCUGAUCUCUUCCCAGCGCGAUUACAGUUCAGAGCAAACAUUAAAAAGAAAUAACCAUGUUUUUGUUUUAAUGCGCGUCUCUAAAUGUUUGCAGACGAAUGUUCAAUAUCGGAAGGAUGGGACCGUAUGCGGCGGAAUUACCACUAUUUUGACACUUUUCCCAAUACCACAGUUGCGUUAAAUAGGUAGCUUGGAUUUUUAAACGCAUUACCUCCCUGUGUGUUUAUCUCAAAAAUACAGUCGUCAUCCAGAUUUUAUUUUACAUACAUUUUUUUAAUCUCGAGAGAACAACCGCUUCUGUUGUCUGAAAAUAAAAACGGAUUUCAUAGGAUAUUCGCUAUUUAUACUAGCGUAUACAGUCGUUCAAUCUGAAACUGGGCAGCUUCAACUGUUUUCUUUAGGAUGUCUCGCCGCAAGCAAGCAAAACCAAGAUCUUUAAAAGAGGAAAAUGAAACGGAGGAGCAGCCCUCUGCAGCGGGACGGUCUGGUGCUCAGAGCGACCCGAAUGGUGAACUAGGAAAGCCGGUAGAAGAUGGGACGGACAGCGAGCUGAAGAGCCGGCCGGCACCUCCGGAGGAGGGGGAAGAGGGGGAGGAGGAAGAGGAGGAGGCGCUGCACAGCUGCGACGGCUGCCUGCAGGUGUUCGAGUCGCUGAGCGAUCUCACCGAACACAAGAUUAAUCAAUGUCAGCUGACAGACGGAGUCGAUAUCGAGGACGACCCUUCGGGCUCCUGGCCCGCAUCCUCGCCGUCCAGCAAAGACCAGACGUCCCCUGUUCAUGGGGAUGGGUAUGACUUCGGGGAAGAGGAAGGGGGCCCAGGGCUGCCAUACCCCUGCCAGUUCUGUGACAAGUCCUUCAGCCGCUUGAGCUUUCUGAAGCACCACGAACAGAGUCACGGCGACAAACUGCCCUUCAAGUGCACCUUCUGCAGCCGCCUUUUCAAGCACAAGCGCAGCCGCGACCGGCACGUCAAGCUGCACACGGGCGACAAGAAGUACCACUGCAGUGAGUGUGACGCUGCCUUCUCCCGCAGUGACCACCUCAAGAUCCACCUGAAAACACACACCUCCAACAAGCCAUACAAGUGUGCGGUCUGCCGGCGCGGGUUCCUCUCCUCCAGCUCUUUGCACGGCCACAUGCAAGUCCAUGAGCGGACCAAGGACAGUGGCCAGGGCCUGUCCGGGGCUGACGACUGGAAGCUGAGGGAGACCCAGAAGUGUAGUCAGUGUGAGGAAGGCUUCGACGUGCCCGAGGACCUGCAGAGGCACAUUGCCGAGUGCCACCCAGAGUGCUCCCCACCCCAGGAGAGUGGUGCCCUGCAGUGCAUCUACUGUCACGAGCCGUUCACUGAAGAGGGCUCUCUACUGAGCCACAUCGACCAGGUGCACAACCGAGACAAGAAGGGCCACACUUGUGCCAUCUGCUCCGAGCAUUUCCACGCAGUGGAAGAGCUCUACAGCCACAUGGAUAUCCACCAGCAGCCAGAAUCCAGUAACCAUAGCAACAGUCCUUCCCUGGUGACAGUGGGCUACACCUCCGUCUCCAGCACCACUCCGGACUCAAACCUCUCUGUCGACAGCUCAACUAUGGUGGACGUGGCGCCACCAUUGCCAAAAACCCGCGGAAGGAAGAGAGCAGCCCAGCAUGCAGCCGAUGGCACCAGCCUGUCCUCCAAGCAGGCAAAAGUCUCAUACAGUUGCAUUUACUGCAACAAGCAAGUGUUUUCCAGUCUGGCCGUCUUACAGAUCCACCUCAAGACUAUGCACCUAGACAAACCCGAACAGGCUCACACAUGCCAGUACUGCUUUGAGGUGCUGCCAUCUCUCUACAACCUAAAUGAGCACCUCAAGCAGGUGCAUGACAACCAGGACCAGAAUGCAUUGCUGGGUGGUGUGUCUGCCGGGGUCUUGCAGUGCAACUUUUGCCCCGAGGUGCUAAGUGACCUCAAUGCCUUGCAGGAGCACAUCCGUUGCUCGCAUGGCUUUCCCAGUCCACUCGCCAAAGAGAGCAACGCUUUUUUCUGUCCCCAGUGCUUCAUGGGGUUCCUCACCGAGACCACCCUGGAGGAGCACAUCCGUCAGACGCACUGUGACAGCGGCAGCACGCAUUUUGACUCACCCCUGGCUGGGACCCCCAAGGACCCCAUUGUGGAGGUGUAUUCCUGCUCAUACUGCACAAACUCCCCCAUUUUCAACAGCAUAUUGAAGCUGAACAAGCACAUCAAAGAGAACCACAAAAAUAUACCCCUUGCACUUAAUUAUGUCAACAACGGGAAGAAGGUGAAUCGCACGCUGAGCCCCUCUUCCCCCAUGUCCAUGGAGCAAACAGCUGUAAAAGUUGGACAAAGCGGGUCCUCCUCACGUUCCACCGGAGAAUUUAUCUGCAAUCAGUGCGGUGCCAAGUACUCUAAUUUGGAUUUGUUUCAGACUCACCUGAAAACACACCUGGAGAGUGUCCUCCCCAAGCUAACUUGUCCACAGUGCAACAAGGAGUUCCCAAACCAGGAGUCCCUGCUGAAGCACGUCACCAUCCACUUCAUGAUCACCUCCACAUACUACAUCUGUGAGAGCUGUGACAAGCAGUUCACCUCGGUCGAUGACCUACAGAAACACCUACUUGACAUGCACACCUUUGUGUUCUUCCGCUGCACUCUCUGCCAGGAGGUCUUCGACUCUAAGGUCUCCAUCCAGCUACACCUGGCUGUCAAGCAUAGCAACGAGAAGAAAGUGUACCGCUGCACAUCCUGCAACUGGGACUUCCGCCAUGAGUCAGACCUGCAGCUGCAUGUCAAACACAACCACCUGGAGAACCAGGGCACGGUGCACAAGUGCAUCUUCUGCGGGGAAGCCUUCGGCACCGAGGUAGAGCUACAGUGUCACAUUACCACACAUAGCAAGAAGUACAACUGUCGGUUCUGCAGCAAGGCCUUCCAUGCCAUCAUCCUGCUGGAGAAGCACCUGCGGGAGAAGCACUGCGUAUUUGAGGCUAAGCCGCAGAACUGCGGUUCCAAUGGUGCCUCCACUGGGCCUGAACCAGCCCCCAAGAAUGACACGGAACUGCAAGGCCUCCUAGCCAACAGCCAUGAGUCCCAUAACAGCCACGAUGGCAGUGAAGAAGAUGUGGAUACCUCUGAACCCAUGUAUGGCUGCGACAUCUGCGGUGCUGCUUACACCAUGGACUCCCUGCUGACCAACCACCAGCUGCGUGACCACAACAUCCGGCCAGGUGAGAGUGCCUUGGUCAAGAGGAAGGCCGAGAUGAUCAAGGGAAAUUACAAGUGCAAUGUCUGCUCUCGGACCUUCUUCUCAGAAGCUGGACUGCGGGAACACAUGCAGACCCACCUUGGGCCCGUGAAGCACUACAUGUGUCCCAUCUGCGGAGAGCGCUUCCCAUCCCUCCUCACCCUCACUGAGCACAAGGUCACCCACAGCAAGAGCCUGGACACAGGGAGCUGCCGGAUAUGUAAGAUGCCCCUGCAGAGCGAGGAGGACUUUCUGGAGCACUGCCAGAUGCACCCGGACCUGAGGAACUCCCUGACAGGCUUCCGUUGUGUGGUCUGCAUGCAGACAGUGACGUCCACCCUGGAGCUCAAGAUCCACGGCACCUUCCACAUGCAGAAGACGGGUACCAUGUCGAGCAACCACCCCAUAGGCCGCAUCAAUCACCCCACCCAAAAAUUCUACAAGUGCGCCUCGUGCUUGAAGGAGUUCCGCUGCAAGCAGGACCUGGUCAAGCUAGAUAUCAAUGGACUACCUUAUGGACUCUGUGCCUCAUGCGUCAGUGGUGCAGCCAGUAAGAGCUCUAGCCCUGCGGUGAAUGGCGGGAAGCAGCAGGCGGCAGCCAUGCCACCUACUCCUGGGGAGACGCUUAGCCCCAGUGAUGGAAAGGUGAAGGUGGCCUCCUCCAAGACACGGUGUUCCAGCUGCAACGUCAAGUUUGAGUCCGAGGUGGAGCUACAGAACCACAUCCUUUCCGUCCACCGUGACAGUGUGGGGGACACCAACAGCAGUCAGCUACGAACACCACAAGUCUCGCCCAUGCCAAGAGUGAGUCCUUUACAGACUGAAGAGAAGAAGACGUACCAGUGCAUUAAGUGUCAGAUGGUCUUCUACAGCGAGUGGGACAUUCAGGUCCAUGUUGCAAACCAUAUGUUGGAGGAGGGCCUGAAUCACGAGUGCAAGCUCUGCAACCAGACAUUCGACUCACCCGCCAAACUGCAGUGCCACCUGAUCGAGCACAGCUUCGAGGGCAUGGGGGGCACCUUCAAGUGCCCCGUCUGCUUCAUAGUUUUUGUCCAGGCGAGCAAACUACAGCAGCACAUCUUCUCCGCCCACGGGCAGGAGGACAAGAUCUAUGACUGCUCCCAGUGCCCCCAGAAGUUCUUCUUUCAGACAGAGCUACAGGCCCAGAUGUGCUGUGCAAGGAUUGGAUUUGCAUCCAAACUGUCAAAUUUACCAUCUUUAACUCUCAGUUUAAUUGAGGAUUUUUAAAAAUGUGUAUGGAGUUGGUGUGUGUUUUUUUUUACCAUCCUAAGUAGAGCUCUGCUUCACAUCAUGUGGUAUCGUCAGCAGCUGUGUUUUGUUUCAUGUUUUAUUUUCGAUUGCCUCAGAAAUCAAGGUAAACCUUCCCUUGUUUUGAUGUCUCUUGUUGCAGUAACAUGGGAGGGAUUCCAUGGUUUACUCAGUGCCUGAUACAUUUGGGGGUGUCUGUGUGUCAACAGGAAUUAAAACAACCUGAACAGAGCAAUGUUAUAAAUGACUUCUUUCACACUUUGGCCUUCUCCAAGGCUGCACUUUGUACUUAAAGCUACAUUAUACGACUGCACCUGUUGCGAUUUGCAUGGCUUCCGGGGAGAUGCUGCAAUAUGAUGUAAUCUAAUGAAAGUCUAGGUAACCGCUGCAGUUAUCUGAUAAAGGGAGGCUGGACUGCUGUGUCUGUGACUGCCAUUGAUUCGAAGGAAUGCCAGGUUCAUAUAAAAAAAAAAAAUUCUGAUGGUGCCUUUUAUCUUAAGUUGUUGCUGGUGAAAAGUAGGACUGGAAUCCAUGUGGUUGCACCACACAGACCAAAAGGCAUCAGCAGGAAUCGAUAGAUCACAAAAAGUGAACGACUGAGAAAAUGAAUUGAAAGCAGACGACUCAUCUGUCUGACAGUCACAAAUAGAAGACAAAAUGGUUCUUUCCCACCUCAGGGCCAUGCACUUGACUACACGGGCAAGGCUAUGUUAGGAGUCGUCAGCACAGGCCACUAAGGGGGAGGAUAGCAAGCCACCACUUCACACCAAAUCCAGGUCGUGGUAGCACUCUGGGAGUGCCGGGGGUUGAUGUGAGAGUGGCUCCUCUGUGGGGCACAGAGAGCUCGUACCGUUCCGCAACCCCCAUACCCCCCAAUCAUACCACGGCUUUCAGCCCAUAGAGACCCAGCAUGGGGGGGAAUGUGGCUCUGCAGGACCCACCUGCCACUGAGAGCAUGGCGACCGCACAGCCGGAUACCAUGCGAAAUGUGGAGCACAUCCUCCGGUCCCAGCUGAGGCCUAAAAUUACCCAGCACCCUGCCCCCCUUCCCUCCCAGCUCUCCCGGCCUGCUCAUUUCCCUCCUUCUUUUGUUUCUUGAUUUUACAUUAUGACAGAUGUGCAUCGGUUUACUGGGCACAAAAUAGGAUCAGAGGCCUUGCUUAUUGGGUAAUGCCUGAGUUUACCUUCUAGGACACCCUAAAUCCGAUGUUAAACCAUAAAAAGGAACACGUCUCCAUCAGGUCAGUCUUUUUUUAACAGUUUGGAUGCAGAACCAAGCUAUGUCUUUCUAACUGCUAACAGUGCAAAAAAAUGCUGAAAUUUCUGAUGUUAUAGUACACAAAUACGACUGUUAACAAUGUUACAGUACACAAAUAUUACAAUACACAGUGUUACAGUACACAAAUACUAUAGUACCCAAAUACGACAGUAAACAAUAUUACAGUACACAGUGUUACACAGAGUGUGUUACUGUUUACAAGUAUUAAUACAGUGUUACAGUACGCAAAUAAUACAAAGCAAUAUUACUGUGCACAGUGUUACUAGUAAAUAAGUCAAAUUUAUUUUUACAGUGUUACAAUCCACCAGCAUUAAUGCGGGGUUACAAUGCACAAAUAUUGCAAUGCAAAAAUACAGAAAACAAUGUUACAUACAGUGUUACCAUAUACAAAUGCUAAUAUACAAAUGUUAGAGUACACAAAUUUACUGCAGUAAAGAAUGUUACAGCACACAAAUAUUAUACUAUGCAGUGUUACAUUACACAAAUCCUACUUUAAACUGCACUGCCAAGGUGCAAAAUGACAGAACAGGCAGGCCUCACUCUUCCAGGUUUAGGUCCAUAUGCAUAUUUUACACACAGAUUCUUUGGUACAUGAACCUGCCGCCGAGCGGCAGCAAACUGAGCCGAAUACUGGUGCCUCAUUAGGUUAUAGGGCAUCACCUGCGUUGACGGGGUACUUUCAUGCAUCUAGUUUUGUCCUGGGGGGGAGCGAUGACCCAGGGACACAUCUCAUGAGCUACGGCGGUCUGCAGCCCCAAAGCCAGCAACGCCACACUGGGUGCAGGGCAGACAAAAGGCACAGGAGACAAAAGGACAGGGAGCUGGAGCGGGGAGGCACCGGGAGUGUGUGAGGGUGACUCAAGGACAAGCGCGGCAGACGGCAUGGAGCGCAAACGUCACCCUCUUAAAAAACAAAUUGCAGGUAGAAAUGAAUGCAUCGACUGCAACUAAAUCCUGCGCUUCUGAUCAUCGCAAUAGACACCGCGGUGGGGGUGGGGGGCCAUCCGGCAGUCCGCAAAAGUCCUUUUAAUGCCGUCCUUGAAAAUACCUUCUCUAAGAAAUUCCUCUAAUGUUUAGGGAGAAGGUGGAAUGCGCUGGAUGUCAGCUGAAUCCCAGAGGGCUCUAUUUUGUACUCUAAUAGCUGUUACGAGCCCACAUUAUAUCCAAGGAGUCAUUUUCCUUGGGGGGGCUCUCCUCGCUCCGUGUCAAUAUUCUGGCAUUUGAAGUCACAUACAGUAUGUGCUUCUGGGAGUCGCCCAGGAGCCAGGCAGACUCGUAAUGGCCUGCAUUCAUUAAUAAGGCUGCUGCUUUUGUCCCACUGCCUCUCCAUCCCCAUUGCCCACAACAGGGAAGCCUGGGCAGUCCUGGGGGGCCGCCUCCCAGACACACUUAAAGAAGCUUUAUUUUUGACUGGUGAAGUCGCUGGCACAUCUCAAGCCGCCAUGACCGUAAUGCCGGCCUCCUCCCAGUCACCUCGCUGGGGUCGGGGAUCCAUUCGGGUCAAAAGGCUUAUUAUCCUGCCUGUCGGAAACCAAUUGCCUCACUAAAAAAGAAACGCACCAAGGUCUUUAAGUCCUCGGCGCCGGUGUAGAAUGCAUCGAGUGAAUCGAGUCUCUGUGUCUUCUGGUUUUAUUUUUUUCUCCGUUGACGUGUCUGUAAAGACAUAUA